AGUUUUCUGGAUUUAUUUGGCACAAGCACACGCGUUUUUUAAUUGAUGCUGAUUGAAAGCGAAGAGCGACAAGUCCACGCAAACACUUUAUUUUCCUGUUCACCCGCAACUGAAAAGCGCGGAGUUGGCCGGAGACUAAUUUUAAGCUGUUGCCAGCGACCGAAUGGCGAGUAUCGGUGGAUUUCGCCGCGAGUUGGAGACGAGUUUUAUAUAUGAAUCACUUUAAUUUUGGAGCGGCGGCGGUCAUAAACAAUACAAAAAAAAAAACAUUGAAUCACGUACACGAACGCAGGAACACACACAAGCACAAGCGCACGCUCGCUCAACUGGAGAGAGCGAACAGCUGAUUAGCUAUCGAUAGCAGUUGGAACUAUCGCACCGACCGAGGAAGAAAUCAAGUGUGCAAAAUGGACUUACUGCAACUGAACGACGAUUGUUUGGAUAUUAUAUUUGGUUAUUUGAGUUUGGAGGACCUAGCGCCGCUCUACAAUGAAAUUCCCUGUUUUGGAGGCGCCAUCGAGAGACAGCUGCAUCGAUUCAGGGACUUGAGGUUCAGCAUGAGAGAGCCGCCUGCUCUCCACGAAGAUUUGCUCAUUAAGUUGGGUGGCCAACUGAACAGCCUGCACAUCAACGUGGGCUACUCCACCAAGGACCAGGACGUACUCCGGUACCUGAGGCCACUGUGCCAAGGGGCCGCCGAGAGCCGCAGGAUUCGGGCUCUGAAGUUGGACCAUGCCAAGUGGUCGGCGGAGAUAGUGGGCACUGUGGGCCAGGUGGUUCCAUCGCUGCUAUUUCUGGACAUGCGUCACUGCGAUGUGCGAGACUACCAGAUAGCACAGCUCUUGCAAUCGGCAGAUAAGCUAAAGGCACUCGCUCUACUCCACAUUGACAAUCAGACGGGUGAUUCCUAUCUGCAGCCGCAACUACUCAACAGAUUGCCAUCGCUGAAGCUCAUUCACCUAACCACCUUGGGUUCCAUGGGCUUUAACCCCGAAAACCUGACACGGCUGUGCCCGAACCUGAGCUUCCUCGUCAGUGACCUAAUCAAGGGAGAUUUUAAGAUAUAUGGCCCGCCUGCCUACAUACAGAACUACUACAAGUGCUAUAAUGAGUACUUCAAGACCGCCUGAGUACAUGUGGCACAGUUUGCAGAGAUCUCAGUGGAAUUGGAUUCUAUAUUUGAUAUGAACUCACUCUUUUUGUAAAUAUUUUUGUCUUUUACUAUGCAAGAGAUUGCAAUUGCAUUUAAAAUACACACUCAAACAAAUGU